CUCUGCCCCGUGCCUCUGUGAAUCUCUGCCCCGUGCCUCUGUGAAUCUCUGCCCCGUGCCUCUGUGAACCUCUGCCCAGUGCCUUCCUCUGUAAAUCUCUGCCCCGUGCCUCUGUAACUCUCUGCCCCGUGCCUUCCUCUGUGAAUCUCUGCCCCGUGCCUCCCUCUGUGAAUCUCUGCCCAGUGCCUCCCUCUGUGAGUCUCUACCCCGUGCCUUCCUCUGUGAAUAUCUGCCCCGCGCGUGGCUUGAGUUGCGUGUUCACCGCGGUCUCUCGUGCAACGCGACACUUCGCCGGCGGGACCCCUCCCGCCCGUUGUUCGUCGCGGUCCCUCACCUCUCACCCCGCGUCGUCACCGUGCCGGGUCUGGCAGCGGCGGCAGUGUUGAGCGAUCGCUGCCGGUUUAAGUUGUUCAUUCAGCUAUGGCACUUGAAUAGCGCUAUCCCAGAGGGGAGAGAGGAGGGGAGGCGGACGAGUGCAACUUAGGUGGCACAGAGCCCAGCCUCGGCCCCGACUCGGGCACCUCCACACAUCCAGCUGCGUCGACUGCACCGGAGCCAAGGCCGUACCCACAUGGCCGUACCUCACAGUGGAGCCACGGUCUCUGGGCUCGCAGAGCGGCAUCUCCACUGAGGCCACUGCCGAUCUCGCGAAGCCACGGGCGGCGUGGAGCCGAGAGGACGGAGUGAGUCGGGGAGGCCCUGCGCUGAGACCAGGUGACGUUACCCCUAAGACGUGCUGCCCGCAGCGAUGGCGACUCUGCCACAGGGCAAUGGGCACGUCCCCGGCGAGGCCCCCGUGCCCUGCAUCUGCGUUGCGCUCACGAGUCCCCCUGUGCCCAACUGCGUGGCGCCCAGGUGUGCGAGGGGCGAUGACGCCCAUCUCGAGGAGGUCCCAGGUUUUGGCGAGAAGUGGGGAGAUGUUGACCCCCCGGGGGGUGACGCGGUAGCGAGCAGUGCGCCGCACUCACGAUCUCCGACCUCGCUGCCUGUGACCUCUGAGGGAGCCGUGCACCGGUCACACUGCACUGCUCAGGACGGGCGGGAGGAGGCGGAGGAGGCGGAGGACAUGGGGGUCCUCGCGGUGCCGCCCAGCUGCGCCGAGGGUCCCCCCGGCAGCCUGGCCCCUCCGGGCCCCGCAGACGGAAGCCCCAGCCGCUCGGAGAGCCCCGCUCCGGGCGCCAUGCAUCACGAGCGGAGCUCCAUGUUCCUCACCGUCAAGACGUACGCCGAUCUGCUGGGUUGCGACGAUCCCGGGGACGCGCAGCCCGGAGCGACCGCCGCCGGUGACGGCAGUGCCCGGCAACCACGCGACGCGGCGUCUGUCGCGGUGCGGCCGAUGGCGCCUCUCAGCGACCACACAGACGGCACGGUGGCGCGGCCCGAGGCGGGCGAUGCCGCCGCCGGUGACGACGACGAUGACGAGGAGGACGCGGGCAUCGUGAUGAGCCCCCACGACGCCGACUUCCUGUCGGAGUCGGACGCCUCGUCGGAGCGCGGCGCGGCCAAUGGCGCCGAGCCGGACUCGGCAGCGGCGGCGGCGGAAGAGGAGGCGGCGGCGGUGCGGGACGGCGAGGACGUGACGAGUGCCGAGUGGAGGCAGCACCGCAAGCACAUCUUCGUGCUUAGCGAGGCGGGAAAGCCCAUCUACUCGCGGCACGGCAGCGAGGAGGCGCUCUCCUCCAUCAUGGGCGUCAUGCUCGCGCUCGUCUCCUUCGUGCAGGCCAGCCGCAACGCCAUCCGCUCCAUACACACCGGCACGCACGUCGUCGUGUUCCUGCAGCGGGGCCCGCUGGUGCUGGUGGCCGUGUCGCGCAGCCGCCAGUCGGAGCAGCAGCUGGCGCAGGAGCUGCAGUAUGUCUACAGCCAGAUCCUGAGCGUGCUUACGGCUACGCAACUCAACCGCGUCUUCCAGACUAAGCAGAGCUACGACCUGCGCCGCCUGCUGGCCGGCACGGAGCGCUUCCUCGACAGCCUGCUGGACCUCAUGGAGACCGACCCCUGCUUCUUGCUGUCGGCCGUGCGUUGCCUGCCGCUUCCCGGCUCCCUGCGUGACUCCGUCAGCCAGAGCCUGCAGCAGGCCAAGGACAAGGACUUGGUGUUCUCCGUCAUCCUGGCCAAGAACCACCUAGUGAGCAUGGUGCGCCUGAAGGAGCAAUCGCUGCACCCGGCCGACCUGCACCUGCUGCUGAACCUGGUGAGCGCAUCGCGAACCUCCUUCAGCGAGGGCGAGGUGUGGCUGCCCAUCUGCCUGCCACAAUUCAACCCCUCGGGCUUCUUCUACGCGCACGUCUCUUACCUGGACGACGCCUGCAACCUGUGCCUGCUGCUGCUGUGCGCCGACCGCGAGGCCUUCUUCACCGCCUCCGACUGCCGGCGCCGCGCGCUGGAGCGUAUGCGGCGGCAGGACGCGCUGAGCGGAGUGCUGGCGGCGCUAGGCAGCGACUCGUACAGCGUGGCGCAGACCGGCAUCCCGGACCUGCGCCACUUCAUGUACAAGUGCCGCAGCACCUCGCAGUUCACCAGCCCCGAGCUGGAGGCCCCGUACUGCUCGGCGGAGUCGAGGCAGCGACUCUUUGACCUCUACCAGCAGCUGCACGGGCGCGUGCACAACGCGUCCCGGCCGCUGAAGCUCAUCUACCACGUGCGCCAGCAGGAGACGCUGCUCGCCUGGGUGACGAGCGGUUUCGAACUGUACACCUGCUUCAGCCCACUGGUCACCAAGGCGGCGGCCAUCAACGCCAUCACCAAGCUGCUUCGCUGGAUCAAGAAGGAGGAGGAGCGCCUCUUCAUCAUGAACCCCCUCACCUACUGACGCGGCCGCCAACGACCCCCGGCCCUCCGCCCCGCCGUCUUCCGUGAAGACGUCCCCAGCAGGACGGUGCGCGCUGCGCGUUUUGUAAAAGCCGGGGCACCGCGGGAGCCCGGAGAGCACGGGUUCAGACGGUGCCCCCUCAUGCUCGCGCUUGAGGCACUGUCGGACCGGCAUGACAAGGGAGGCGGUGGUUCAACGCAAGGUCCGUCAUCUUACACUCGCGUCCACGGUAUUGCUGGGUUGCGCCUACCUGCUUUGCCGGCGUCGUACGUUCUUUCGCAGAGAGGCAUCGAGACGCCGUUGGAUUGGCGCCACCACGGUCCUCCGUGGCGACCUCCCGGGGAAACACUACGCAGGCCUAUAAAUCAUUCACACUUCACUUGCAGGAGCAACCCAAACACCAGUGUGCAACAAACUGCGGAUGCAACUAAGGCGUGCGUCAUCGGUCACCUGACACGAGUGCAAUGAAUCGCUACCGAGGAGGUAUACUUUGUUAAGUGGAAAUCCGAGGGGUGAGGGAUAAAAAAAAAAUCUGAAUCUUUAUUUAGAUGGGAGGAAUCAGAUGAGCUAUGAAGCUCUUUGUCCAGCAGGACGUCCAGUCGUGGGGUAAAGUCACCACAAGUUCGGCUGCAGCACUUUGACGACUGGAAUUCCCGAGGGAGAAGGAAGUUAUCACCUGAGCAUAGACCUGAUUUAUAUGAAGCAGGGGCGUAACCUCAUUGAAAAUCUCAUCAUAAACAUUUGAAAUGUGUACAAAUGCACCCCUCAUUCCACGAGUGCAUUGUAAACUUGCACAAUAAGGGACCUUCAAAUCUAAGACCACAAUUCUCAUGGUUCACUUGUGCCCUCUUCUGGAGCAAAGUCAGCGAAAGGGCUGCCCUACUUUGACGUCGACAGUGUGCAGAAAAUUACAGCUGCGGUGGCGCUGGCGCGUGGGGUCACGGCGGAGCCAGUAGGGGGACUGCCACCUAAGUUCUGCGUCUUGAGAUGUCAAGGUGUGGACGCCAUGUCCAAACCCAGAUUCCAACCUGGCUGCUGAAGCAAUCUCUUGCCCAGUGUUCGUGACAUUUGGACACCGCGGACAUGACCUCUGUUAAAGUUCGGCUGCACACUCAGCACAUCCGCUCGAAAAGGGCCCUGGCAGCUGGCAUUUCAGUUGAGGAAUAAAAUGUAAUGUUUACGUGUUAAAAUCCUAUUUUGGCUGCCAAAUCACGCAUUUAAACAAAACAAUGUACACGUUUUUGGGUUGUUCCUAUAAAUGUAAAUUUUAAAGUGACCCUACUUUGAUUGAGACGAAUGCAGAAGUGGUUGUAGACCGUUACGUUUAACGGUAGCUCAUGCUGGAGCCGGGGGAUAAGCGUGUCGUGUAGCCUGGCGCGUAACUUUUUCAGAUAUUUUGAAUUCACUUGACUUCGAUGUAAGAUAGCUGACACGAAUUGUUUUUAUUUGUAGGAAACGGCUGGGCAUACGGGUUUGCUUGAAGUUUUAUUCAGCGGCAAGUUUACCGUUUGUAAAAUACUGAUGACGUGAGACAGUGGCUGCAGGCGGCGUAGCGCUGGCCAAGGCCUGGCAGCCCGCGUAAGGGCUGAGGCGUGGCGCGUGGUGCAUGCACAGCGUUCACAGGCCGACAACGGGCGAUGCAUGCCCAGCACGCUCACUAGGCACUCUACGAGGUCGCAUCACUGUUUUACGUUGCAAAACGCCGGCUAUCUUUGGCCAACAAAUCGAUAGGUUGGUGUAACCCCGUUUAGGGGGAGCUAAAUUGGGGCUCGUGCACAUCAACUCCGUUAGAAUGUCCACAAUCGACUCUCCGUCUCUGACAGUGACGACACAUUGCCCUCUCACCCUGCCAUGCGUCCCUUGGAUCUUCAGUCUGAAGGUGAUUAGACUCCGAGUCGCCGGUUACUAUGCGGGUGACACUUGGAGCAGUAAUUGCCCUCUUGUCGCCUGUAGAAAGUUCCACAUGCAACCUCAGCUUCUAUGUCUGUCAUAAGUCUCAUAGUUGCAUUCUAAAGCCUUGACUAUUUUUCAAUAAUCCUAUCUGCAGAUAUAACAAUCUAUGCAUCUUGCACAGUGUUUCGUGAACGUCGUGAGUGGAAACCUGCAGAAGCACGUCUGGGCAUGGUGCCCCCUUGCACGAAGCCUGGCCUUGGCGAGCCUGCAGUAGAGAACGCCAUCAUUGGUGUUGCGUCUACUCUCAAGCAUGGCCAGUCACUCAACAUUGGUUGUUACUUACUAAUAUGUUGAAAUUAAAUUUAAUUUUAAAGUAGCUGGGGGAAGUGGUUGGGUGAGUUGUGGGCUCAAUUAUUGUAUCAGAUUAACGAGGCGUCACAGUCAGGAUCCUGGGUUAUAACUCGGGACGUGAGUGUCUCCUACUGUGUUCACAGUGGCUGAGCUGCCUCGAGUGUGGACAUUGACAUGAGUCGGAUAAUCUUAGAUCGCCAAUGACGGCACAACUUUUCACCGAUUAAUUUUUUAGUUCACUCAGUCCAGGCCAACACUUGAUGCGUGAAAUUGAUAAAUGUCGGUUAUUUGACCACGUAUUACAGAACAUGAAGGUGUGUUCUCUUAGUUUCAAGUUUAUUUUGUUUAAGCAGGUAAGAUUUCAAGAGGCCAGCAUGAGUCUCAUUUACAAGAAUGACCCGGGGCAUUAGUCGGCCAGUAGGGGAUACUGAUUGAUAUGUAUAGUUCCAAUUGAGUAAUUUGUGGGUAAUGUUUAAAUUUGACAAAUGUGGACUCUGACGUCCACUGUGAAGCAGACGGUCCGUAGUAUUUUGACGGUCAUUACAACCGCCGGAAUAAUCAGGACUGUUACUGGAUCUGAACCAUGAACCUCUGCAACGAACAUGAAACGUGCUACAGUUGGUAUUUUUCACCACGCAUGACCUCGUGACGAGCAAGGCUUAUCCAGGUCACUCCACAGUGGCUUGGUGUUGUCAUUCUCCGUGGGCAUUCCUUGGCCUGACACGAGGCUGUGCUGAUGGAGGCAGUUCUUAAAUCACGUUCAUUCGACAUAGGACUCCAACAGCGCAAUUGGGAUAAUAUUAGUGACACAAUGUAGACAUUACACUGGGUUACGCUGCUGUAGGAUUCCCUUCUCAGAUGUUUAAAUUUACCAUGCAUGGCUGUCCUGCAUGGCUGUGCUGUGACCGGGCCGGAACGAUGAACCACAAGCAACUCUGAGCUGCCCACAUAAAGCCUUCCUACAUAUUGCAACGUCCAUCCCGUGUUUUGGUAUUUAAUUUAGAAUGUAUAUUUGCACCUUGGGUUGCAAUUGGUUGGCAUCUCAUAGAAAUUAAAUUACGACAUCGCACCACUAACAAAAAAAAUACAAUUUAUGAGCAGUUUCAACCACGUUUGACACGGAGUGCCGGAGCGAUGAUGCACGUCUAAUCCAGUUACAAAGUAGUCAGGUUGGUGCAUUACACGGGUGAACUCGUGAUGAUGUGCAAAAAACAACCCCCACUUCAUCGGCUUGAAGGCAAUUUCUCUUAAGGGGCAGUUCAGAAAAUGGUUUGAGCGUUCUUCCCAUGUGUAUUUUCUCUGGGUACAGUUUUCACACGCAUACAGUGUUAUCGAGGAAUUUGUCAAAAAUCCCAAAACCCUUCUGAAUGGUAAUCUAGAAGACUUGGCAAUGUUUUUUCGAGUUAAGAAUUCCAAUUAUUCAAGGUCAAGAAGUCAUUGCGACCGGUGCCACUAAUAUCACCAUACAUCGCAAUUGCUUCCGCUGAUUACUACAGUUGCUGUCGAGUUUACGUCUGACCAUCAAGGUCACCGACCCUCUGGGUGCCAUAACGAUGCCUGUCUCGGUGGCCGGCCCUUCUCCACCCUCCGCGCACGCUUCCUACCCAUCUUCGUUACAUCUACCACACACCGUUCCCUUGUUUUAAUCCAAAUUUCAAAGUUUCUUACCCUAUUCUUCUGACACAUUCUUGGCGGCAUCUGCAUGCGCGUGUAUUAAAAGGCCAGAAGGUUAUUUUAUGGUUGGCUUUCAAAGGCCAUACAUUGACGUUGACAUUGCUGCUACCUCAAACACUCAUCUGCAAACACUAAGGCUGAGAGCUCUACCCUUCCAAUGUGGUUUGUCUUGCACAAUUAAACAAUGCCACUACCAGACAUCUCAUCAAGUCUAUAUCACAUCCCCCUGUUUUAAGCCGAAACAUUGCUGUCAAAUUACUGUCGCCAGCCAUGCACUCGGGUGUGUUCAUGGUAAAGAUGGAGAGAUUGCUGUCGGUCAUCCAAAUGGGCAAUCGGCAGGUGUGGCACUUGUGCAGACAGCUCGGUCAUCUAUGUCACUUGGGCCAUUAAACAAUCGAUGAGAGCCACGGCGCUGAGAAACUUGCUCCGAGAAGAGCGAAACCCUGCGCUGAGCGAGCUGUGGGCUGGAAGUCGUGGCAGGAGUUGAUCGAAGUGAAUGAAGGGGGGAGUGAGGGGGUUAUUAAUUGGCAAAAUAAUUGUCGACCAAUUUACAAACGUUGCUGUUAUUGCUCACUACAGCUGCACAAGAAUGUGUCCUCAUAGCUUGUAGUAUGAAGUCUUAUCCACACCCACAAAGAAUAUUUCUAGAGACUCAUCCGUGUUACUAUUUAUCCAAUAUUAAUUAAAACUCACUACCAUUAUCAUUAUGUAACUUGAGUCGGCAAGCAUCUCCACUACACUGAUAUCACGAGGUGCAGUAAAUGGUUGGAUAGUAGUAUGCCUCGUCAUUGGCCUAGAAAAGUAACAAGGGAGGCUUCCGCGCAUCAAAGCUGGUGGCCAAAGUUUAAAGUAGAAAUAUUUUUCCGUAUAAAUCGGUUUCAUUUUGUCACCUUAGCAAGGAUAUUGCAAUGAUGUUUAAACAAAUUAAAGGGUACUCGUUGUUUGGGUUGAUCCUAUGGUUUUUACCUCUUGGCUUUGCCGGACCUGGACCUGGUUAACCCAGCGAGGGCGGCGAGCGGUGAAGAGGGAGCACGCCGGCCAAGGAGCUGAAGAGGCUCGGGCAUCGCCGGCACCACACGGCGCGUUAUGUUGGAGGUGCUUCUGUCCUGAGCGGAAGAUGACCUCGGCACUCAUUACUUUGGCUGGUGAAUUCAACAUUCUGCUCAUUGAUAAAAUUAGUAUUCAAUUGUGGGAAAACAAAAGUAUCCUGCUGAAGUGUGAUUGCAGUGAACUUCGAUAUCUUCGAAGGAAUUGGCCUCAAGCGUGUUGCUUUUGCUCCACCCGAUAUCUUGCUCACUUUGAGAAAACCCUUCCCCGCUUCCCAUGCAAGGUUUGACAUUUUUGCCUCGGCCUUAACAGUUUUCCCUUCUAACUUGAUUCGAAGCUUUCGUGACUGCAGCAAUUACUCUUUGGUUUUUUCGGCAAAGUCACGUAGAAAGAAAAUAAAUUAAAUAUUUAUUUCUACAUGACUUUACCUGAAAGAACCAAAGGAGUAGUUUUCCCUUCUCCCGAUGGCUGGAGAGCGUGGUUUCCAUUGCCACAAUCCUUUAUAUUGUGGCAAUUCAGCUUUCAACCAGAGACCCCUACAGGUUGUGCAGAGGGCCUGUUUUCAGUCGCAGUACCAGAGUGGCAUAGAUCUGAGACUGACGAUUGAGGAUGCAUGUUAUAUCGGUACACAGCUAUUGUAGCGUCACGCAGCGAAAUUGGACAAUAUCGGUUUUGAUGUCAUGCUUGUUCACUUCAAUUUUAAACGACUACACAUGCUCAGCUUUGUCUUUUCUCUCAGCAGCAGCGGUGUAAAGAGGUUGGCUCGGGCAUUUUUGGGUCCCAACGAGUUCACAUAAGGACCCGGAUUUGCAUUUAUAUAUUAUAUUAAAUGCAAUGGCAUCUCCGGACCUUAAACCUUUACUCGGCGUUUGUGUUGAAGCUAAGCGAAACAGCAGGAUUAUUGUCCGCGGUGUUGCGAUUUCCAGUUGUUGCAUAGCUGCCUACGUUAACGAUCGCUAUUUUAUGUAAACGUCGUUGCUUGCAACAUAGCUGCUCCAGCUAAAGGCCAUGAACCCAAAAGGCCGACCGGAGCUCACUGGGCCGGAUAACCCCCUCCCCCGUCCAAGGGUCUAGCGAGACCUCGGCACGAGACUCCAGGCUACUCACAUCUGCUCUUAAAUUCAGACAUCGCAGAAAUGCUGAAUAAAGUUAAAUUAGAAACGAA